GAGCAUCAUCAUACAUCGCUCGCGUUCAAGUGCUCGGUGGUAUUCCACGAGCUGCCUGGUUAUAUUCUCCGCCUGCACGAUUGUGUCCAACGACUGUUUCCUUUACCUUAAAUAGCAGGCAUCAGGAUGGGGGACGCGCUCGCCCCCAGCUUUGCGCCUUUCUUCGGCAUGAGCGGUAUUGCCUUCGCCAUGAUAUUCGGAUGUGCCGGAGCUGCCUAUGGCACGGCGAAGUCGGGCAUUGGCAUUGCCGGUGUAGGGACGUACAGGCCAGACCUGAUAAUGAAGUCCCUCAUCCCCGUCGUCAUGUCUGGUAUCUUGGCAGUCUACGCUCUCGUCAUAUCCGUUCUCAUAGCAAGCGACAUACGGCCGCCGCCAAAUAAGAACUACUCCCUGUUUGCAGGGUUCAUGCACAUGGCGGCAGGCAUGUCUGUGGGUCUCGCUGGUCUGGCGGCCGGCUAUGCGAUUGGCAUUGUGGGCGAUGUUGGCGUACGGGCCUACAUGCGGCAAUCACGAAUCUUCGUCGGCAUGGUCUUGAUCCUCAUCUUUGCCGAAGUGUUGGGAUUGUAUGGGCUGAUUGUCGCGCUCAUCUUGAACACGCGAGCAAGCGGUUGAGGCGCAGGUAUCGAUAUCAUGUGCACAACAGUUCCGACAGCAGAAGAGCAGAUGAGGAUAUUCAGAACCACCGAGUCCGGGGCAGAAUGCGGACUCGGAAGAGCAUUGCGCGGCGUCAUUUCAUCUUAAGAGGUUAUUCAUGUCUGGUCAGGUUAGUACAAUCGAGUUGGCUGUAUAUCUAGGGAGCGUCAAUUGGCACGGCAGCUUGUUCUAUAUCAGAAUUGGUGUACAACCAUUCUCCUCA